ACAAAAGGCGAUUUUCGACCAAAAAUCUUUUUUCGAUAUAACGCCAGUUCACGUUUUUAUGCUUUUUCAAAUCAUUUGGCAUCAAAAAAAAUCUGAUUUUCCCAAUUUCAUAUACUCCCCCCUUGGUAGAUUUUCGAGGGUCACAAGAAUCACAACUUUGAACGCUUUGAGACAUCCCAAAACAAUUUACGAUUGCGUAUGUCAUUCAUUAUUUCGAAGACAUCAUCAGGCUAAAAAGGUGAAAAGCGCUAAUAAAUUUAGUUCCACUUUUUGCCCUUCUGGACCACUGUGCCUUGGAAAUACUGAACAUAUUUUUUCUUUUCGCCGCACGAGUUCAAUAGCUUUUAGUCAAUCGGAAUGACACUGUACUCAUUUUUACCUACUUGAGAUAGAAUGACCCAUCCAAAACGUGAUAAACUAAGCUAAGACAUAUUGUCAACAAAUUACUUUGACAAUUUAGUAUUUUAUUGAGGCGUCAUAUACAUUUAGUUUUGUAAAAACGUUUGAUUUCGUGGAAAACAAUCCUCAUUUGUUUGAACUUACUUUUGUCAAUUCAUUAAAAAACAGCGGCUGAAGGGCAUCUAGAGUUCCUAAGAGUUUACUAAAAUGCUACAUCAAGAAAAAUAAAGUGCCGUGAUUGGUUUCAAGACGAUAUUUCUGGUGUUGACGACUGUCCGCGUGAAGGAACCUUCCAAGACGCUGAAUCGAAGGAACUGCUCGAAUGAAAUCUAUGCCGAACGCAGGAACAGCUCACUUCGGUAUUAGAAGUUACCUGCCAAAUCAUUUCCAAGUGAUUGCAUGCUUUAGGAAUAGUUCUAAAACAAGCUUCCUUACUAUAUGAAGCCAAAGGUCGUUGAGCCUGAAACUUAUGAAACGUCGGAGAGGCAGCGUGAAAUGCUAGUCUAGCUUCUACUCAUAAAAACCUGGUGAUGAACAUACCACGAAGAUUGAAUAUGGUUUUACAAAACAAAGGACAAGCCACAAAAUAUUGAAAGUGAGUUUUGUAACGUAAAAGGUCACUUUGCUAACGAUAUGUAGAGAAAUAAAGCUAAUUUGGAAUGUUUUGUAUAUAUAUUUCAAUAGUGUAUUUAUUUUUUUCACCACUUUAAAAACACUAACUCACGCAAAAAAAAAAUUGGAAUCACUGACACAGAAAUUUCUCCAGUUAUUUCUCCGUUUUCUCUUUCAAAAAGAGUGUCUGCAGAUCAUAAUGACGUAACAUAACAUCCUACAACAAUUAAAAUCACUGCGCAAAUGUGAAAAAUUAUCCAACACUGCAAGUGUAUUUAUUAUUUUCUCCAUAUUUGUAUAUCUGAUAUAUCAGAACUCAUAUCGAAAACGGAAGAAGUUUGUGCACUAAUCCUCUGGCCGAGAUGGAAUAUAACUGAGAAGUUCAUUAAAAAUAUAUUGACCGUCUAGCGCACUAUCCAUCUUGCAGAGUCUUCCCAGCCCCAGCAGUAGACACGAUACACGAAAUUGCCGGCUGUUUAAUCCAUCAAGGAUGCAAUGCGUUCAUUGCCUAUAAAUUACCCUCCAAGCCAACACUAAUCCUCGCACUUAUCAUCCAAUUCAACUCAACCGCAUUCGGGCCCCCGAGCAGCAUCACGAUGCAGCUGACACCGUAGGUUAAUAACACGGUGGCGGUGGCGCUCUCGAUGCGUCGUCGUCGUCGUCGUCGUCGUUGUCGUGAGAAAGUUGUAAAUCACCCGUUCGCAAUUUCAUCCGCAACGCAGCAAAAGCCAGUUAGCAGCUACGACGAUGGCAAGCAACAUUACCAUCAGUUGGUGUUUUUUAUCGUCCAAUGCAAGAACCGUUGUUAGACAGGAUCACGCGCUUGCAUCUAAUGGCCAGACAGCUACCGUUCUAUGCUAGAAGCAAAGUACUAAGCGAUAUGGAGCAAAAGAACCAUUGGAUAGUAUAUAUUAUUUAUGGCCGUCUCUUGUGAGGUCAAAUCUCUAGCUUUGUUAUCAAAUAUUUUCUUCGAUCUAAAUUGCUAAAAAACACUUUAAAAAAAAUGUUGCAGAGCACCAACCUAACAGUUGUGUUUGUUUAGUUCUACCCAAUAUGUGGCAAGGGAUUUUACAUUAUCACCUUAUGUGGUCACCAUUCACUAGACAGAACAUAAUUGCCACCAACGCUUUGUGAAGAUUAGUCAAUAGCGUGUAUGGCGCGGUACGUGACGAGCGUCACAACCGUGAGUGUAGUACUGCAAUCAUUCCGUAACUUGUAAAUCAUGUCACACUUUUGAGUGAUUGUUGUUGGAAAAGCGAAAAUAUAAGAGCAAUCGUUGCAGCCACAUGUUCGUUUCAUGGAUCUGAUGUAAGCACCUUACACUGUGUAUUUGGAUUCUAAUCUGCUGUUAGUGUUCUAGAAGCUAUCCCGCAGCCCGAUCUUGAUGAUCUCGUCGUACGAGUACGUAGAGUACGUCAACGGGAAGUUGGUCGCCUCCUGUUUGACGCCGGUGGAGAAUUUCUGGCACGCGGGUUUUUUCAUCGGCAGCAUCGUGGUGUUCUUCAUCUUCCCGCUUUUCAUCCUGGUGGUGCUGUACUCGGUGAUCGCGAAGAAUCUCAUGGACAAUCCGGGCAUCAUCAUGUCGAACGCCACCGGCAACCGGAACAAUGUGAUCAAGUACCGGAAGCAGGUCACCUUCAUGCUGGGGGCGGUCGUCGUCAGUUUCUUCUUCUGUCUGUUACCGUUCCGAGCGUUAACACUGUGGAUCAUCAUCGUACCGAGCGAGAAGAUCGUUUCGAUCGGCAUCGAGCGUUUCUAUAUCAUCUUGUACUUUUGCAGGAUAAUGUUAUACAUGAAUUCGGCCGUCAAUCCGAUCCUGUACAAUCUGAUGUCUUCGAAGUUUCGCAACGGAUUCCUGCAGCUUCUGGGCUGCAGCAAACUGGUUCGAUCGGAUACGCUAUCGUCAGGAGUACGGAAGGGAACAUUUCACACGACAUCGACGAAUCUGAGCAGCUCUCACAAUAGCUCAUGCCAAAGGCGGCUGACUCGGGAAGAGAGCAGUGUCAGCGGAAGUGUUCGAGCGAUUGCAGAAAACAGUGGCAGGAAACGACUGCUGCAUCACAGACACAGCAGCACGGUAUCGAUCCGGUCUUCGCAUAACGAACACCGAGAGAGUGUCACCGGAAACAGUAUUUUGGAAACUAGUCCAUUAAAAGCUAGCAAAAUUGAUGAGAUAGAUGAAACAAUGUCGCUACCAAAUGGUUACGGUUUCCAUAGAUGUAAGCUAAACGCUAGUAAGUGUAAUGUUAGUUAUACUGCCAACAGUUGUAACAGUAAGACUAGUCAUCGGGUGAAUGGGAGCGUCUCGGUAGAACCGACAACCAUUCACCAAACCGACAAUAAACAGUUAGUUCUAAGGAAAGCUAUCGUUGUGGUACGUAAAGUAGAGGAUCAGCCGUCGGCAGAACGGCAGAACGAUUCAGAUCAGAUCUCAAACGAACACGAACAGUUUGGGGUGGGAAAUCCCGACUGCAUAACCACUGUCAUCCUUGACAGUUGUGGUUGCAAGCACCAGUUUGCGUCUAUCACUGCCAAAAAUGAAACGAAGGGCCGUAGUGUUGAUUCCUCCGGUUGCAUCGAACAGGGCGCCAAUAGUGAGACUAUUUCUCGCGCCGGGUUCGAUUCGGGUCACAGCAGUUUUGGCAAAGAGAAAGAUUCCGAUGAGAUUACUAAAAUUAGGCAGUUUUACGGCUCCAUGGAAUGUGAUAUCUAAAAAAGGAGAAAAGAAACGAGAACAUAGGACAUAAAUCACGAUUCGAUUGAUAUUUUGAGCUACCCCAUCUCAAACGAAUGAGUAAAAUCUCGCCCGAAUCUAUCGUUUUGCAAAGCAAUGUGUGAGAAUGUGGUGAGCAAGAAAAAUUAUAGUAUUGUACACGUAUUAUUUAUUGGCAUUAGGCAAUAAACAGAGAGGAAUUAAUUUAUGUAAUAAAACUGUGG